AUGUUUUACAUUAUAUUUUUUAUUAUUAGCAUUACAAUAUAUCAGGCCAAUUCGUACACAAUUCAGUCCGCGAUUCAUAAAUACUAUAAAAGUGAUGGCGUUCAGAAACUCAGAAAAGACUGGGAACUUUAUAGGAAGCCUAUAGAACAUUCGAUAGCUAUGGCACUUAAAGAAACAGUGGGAUACCGUGGUAUGAAUGUCUACAUCAGUGCAACCGAAGAACCACUAGCCAUGGGAUAUUAUCAUGACGACAAUCAAAUACGACUAAUCGUCGAGAACUUAAAGUUACAAGAAGUGCCUCACUUUUGGAUGCCGGAGGUGCAAUUUUCUUUAGCGUCAAAUGUGUUGAAGCUCCAUACUACACUUAGUAAAAUGAUGGUACACGGACAGUAUUCACUUAUGCGUAACCAGUCUAGGAUUAUUUACAAUGCAAGAGAACAGGAUCCGUUUAAUGCGUCGCCAUUUUUAUUCCAACAAGUUCCAGACGUUGGGAGGAUUAUGUUUUCCAUCGAUGGUUGCGUACUUUCCGGGUUUGUUAUUGCCACACUGAGCGGAGAAUCAGUCAACCUAGGAUACGGCCACUACAAAUUAAUAAAAUGUGUUUACACUGUUGAGAUAUACCGGCCAGGCGAUCACUCACCUCCAGUUAUCGCGCAGUAUCAGCCCCAAAGAGAUGAUGUUUGGGGUCUUGGUAUUAGAGAUUUGCUGAUCAAACCGAUCAGAGACGACGUGGACGGAAAGUUACAAGCAGCUGUGUUAAGUUUCGUCAACACUUCCUCGUUGUUUGGCGACAAACUGCAGGGAUAUAUAGACGAGCAGAAGAAAAUAUUCUCAGAAACUGCGGCAUUCUUAACAGAAAUACACAGGAACUUGAACAAAAUUACAAUUCAGAAGAAUAACGGGCAGGUUGCGUUGGGUAACCAUUAUGUUUUCUGGGAUAACGGACGAGCCGAUUAUAUCGCUUCUACAAAGAAAAGCGUCGGUAAUUCUGUGAGCUUAACGCGGAUGGUGUUAACUGGGUUGGACACGAUGUACUCAGCACAUAUCGGAGGACCUUACAAGAUGGAGACCAUGAUGAUUGCAGAGGAGAUGCGGUACAGCACCUUACAGGCACACGGUCACUUCGAAUUACCAUUAAUGAAAGGGAAAACGCCAACUCGAUUUGCAUUUUCAACGGAAAUAAAUGAUUUGGCCGUAAAUCUCCAAAUGGACGUUCGGUUAGAUAAAAGUAAUAAAGAUAAAACGUCUGUUUUGCAAGGCUGUUCCUACAAAAUCCUCCAAGUUACAGGAUUCAGACGAAUGAUAUCCAGGCUGUCAUCUCGCAUGCACGGCUCAGUGGAAAGCAUGAUAUAUGGCUACUUGUUGAAUGAGGUGCCAAAAGUCAUCAGGGUUCAUUUGAAGGCCAUCUUACGUAAGGCCUUACUUCCACCCACGACCACGACACCACCACCCGCAACAGGCAAAGAUGGCAAUGGUUUUCACAGACCUGCAGCAGAAUGUUCAGAGGGAGAUGAUGACGUAUACCAAAGAGCCGAGUCAAAUGUCCCAUCUAACAAACGUAAUGUAAAAUCACCGAAGAAAAGGCAACUUGCAAAGGAGUAUGCAACGGAAGUGAAGAACGAAGAGUGGACAUCAAAUUAA